AACGAGUGUGUGCGUUUGUAGGAGGGUGUGCUGUAGAAAAGGGUGUGGGAAUCAUCAAACGGAUGCAGAUUGCGUCGUUGGGAAAGCACACAAUUCAUCGGGAGUAGUUCUGCUUCGCAGGAAUACAUCAGGAAAAAGCCCUACGCCACACGGAGGAAAAAAGGCUCUCGCUUCGUGCGCUAGUGUGUGCGAAUGGGUGUAGUGGUAGUGGUGUGCCACAACACUACUCACACCAGCGCAAGAACAAGAAGCGAACCAUCGGGCGACACCGUUCUUGCGUACGGCAUCGCGGCUGUCUGGGUUGGAUUUGUUGUGUUUCCGUUUCACUCACACUCCGCAUCCCGCAGGAAGUGCGCGACCGAGAAACGUCUGUAGGCUGACUGGCUGGCUGGCUGGCUGGCUGGUUGUACCGAGACAGUCCCGCAACGGAAAUCAUCUGUCGAUACGAUCCGAGCACGACGCACCGGACGGGGUUGCUGCGGUUGGUCUUCCAUCACUUUGCUGGGGCUGUAGUUUAUAAUGGCAAACGAGCAUUACACCACCGCCUACUAGCAGCAUCUUCUACCUCCAAGACCGACCCGUUCCUGAGUGUGUGUGUGUUUUCAAUCGCAGUAGACGACGCGACCAAGACGACGAACCAAUAUAGGGGACUUGUGUCAAUGAAGAAUGAAGUUUUAUUGCAUUACCGUCGACGCCGUCGACACCGCCUGACUCCGAUGGUCGCCUGCGUCGCCGUUGUGAUUAGAAGCGAAGAACGCACGUGAGAACGACAACAGAAGAAAGUAAAGAAGAAAGAGCAUCUCAGUGUCGGCUAUUGUUGUGCAGUGGCUGCAUCUCGCGCGACCGGAAAUCGGAUGUAAGAAGUAGCGUAAAGAAAACCGACCUUUCCAACCCCAACCCUGUCCUCCAAGGAGGGACUGGUACAGGCAAAACAGGACAGGAUGCACGUGGGUGGGUGGUGUAUUGUGGUGCCGUAGUGUGAAAGUGUGCGGUCGACGAUGUGGUGAUGUGCGCGGCGAUCUGUGUCUCUCAUCUGCCUUGUUGCUGCCCGUGGUCUGGACUUUCGCGUGGUACCGUCUUUCUUCGUGGCAUCCGCGCCGGUGCAUUCGCGUGAGGAUUCUUUGUUGCAGCAGCACCUUUGUCCCUGUGCAUCGGCUGCUAGCGAAGAAGGACCCAUCCCUAUCCUAAACCGGAAAAAGAGCACACGGUUCAAAUGGUGUUUGGCGAAGAACUGUGACUGUGGUGUGCGGUGUGUUCGGAUCCGUUUUACAACCCGGAGGGCAGUGGUAGCCAGCAGUAGGCGGCGAACGUGCAAAAGUUAUCGAUAAAGCGAAAUCAUUGCAGUGAGCUCUUGUUCUCGGUUCGUGCGUAUUUCCACGCCUGAAAAUAGUUUGCUACAAAACGAGAAAAAGGAAAAAGAAGGUAAAGGUGGGACCGGUACAUCUGGGUACCGGCUACAUGUAUGGUGUGUGGCGUGUUUUAGUCGGCAACGAUUUUGUUUGAGUGCCAGUGCUUAUUCUUUGCGGUACAACACGAUGAAUGCAGCGCCCGAUUUCGGUACCGCAAUCCGGCAGAACAGUUCACCGAAGCAUGACUUCCCACUGCAGAAUGGACCGAACCAUCCGGUCGAAUACCAGAAUUACAUCGGUGCUGGUGGAGGGGGAGGUGGAGGUGGAAUGGGAAUGCAAAGUCAGCAGCAGCAGCAGCAGCAGCAGCAACAACAACAGCAGCAGGAUUUGACCAUCGACGGUAUACCGAACAAUUUCCCCCAUCGACGGUCGAGAGCGUCGCGAACGUUCAAGAAUCCACCCCAGCCCCACAUGUGCAUCAAGGAGCGGACCGUCGACGGGAAGGAGGUGUUCAUCAACGUGCUCAGCUGGACGCGUAUCGCCAAUCCGGACAAUCCGGACGCACCGAUACCGCUGUACGGUGGCAUGAAAGUGGGCAAGAUACCACCCGGUAGCCCGAAAGCGCCACCCCUAGUCUAUGCCGUGAUGGCCAGCCCCGAGGUACUGAAGAAGGCUGGUCGUAAAUGUCCCGACACACCGGAACGUAUGAAUCUGGUCGAUUUGAUGUGCGAGUUUGUGGAGGCCAUGAAUCCUUCUUUGCAUCUGUCGAGAAAACCUGAAAUACUCAAGGAUCGCGACCUGUCCGGUGAGCUGAAGGAUGUGUGGAGUGCGGUACAGGCGUGUCGUGAUAAGGGCCGUUCCGAUAAUGGUCCUCCCGAGAAUCUAGUCGUGUACACCGAGUUUGGUCCGGACAGUGCGCCCAGCUACGAGCAAACGAUACAGCAGCAUCAGCAGCAACAGCAACAUCAGCUUCAAUAUCAACAGCAGUACGAUCAGCUUCCAAACUCCCAUGAACAGCAGGGCCGUUUCCCAUUAUCAGUUGCGUCAUCGCAGCAGCAACAGCAACAACAACAACAACAUUACCCUUAUCACCAUCAACAACAAAGUGCAAUUAACCACAACAACCACAACUCCUCCGUACUAACCAGUAUUGAACAGCAGAUCUCGACGAUAUCCGUUGCGGACGGUUCCGGUCCGCCGGAAGGUAGCAAUACAACCAGCGCACCCUCGGCUGCAACGAACGGAUCGAACGUCCUGCCCGAUGAGCCGAUGCUGUCGAAGGAAACCGAAAGUCUGAAACUGUCUUCUAGCAAUGGUAGUAGCAACGGUACGGUGAACAAAACCAACGGAAUCACACUGCCUAACACAGCAAGCGAUGCUAGCGCGACCGCCGCGCCCCCCACACUGACCUCGUCCACUUCCUCUUCUCCAACUGUGCCACAAACGUCACCGACCAACGCCAGUACACCGUCAGCGGUGCCCGUGAAGGAACCGACCAAAAGCUCCUCGGGACACAACUUUUUCCCGAUGUUUCGCUCGUCGAAAAGCAGCAGUAGCAGCAGUAGUAGUAGUUCUAGCGGUACUGCUAACAGCAACGGUGGUACUGCUACCGCCAACACCCAGCUAAGCUCUGGGAUCGAUAAAGCAUCGGUGAACGGUGGCAGCGAAUCAGGCGCCGCUUCCACCCCAACCAGUGACAAUGGCCCGGAACCGGCGAAAGCAUCGAAACCGAGUAGUAAAAAGAGUGGAUUAAACUUUUUCCGACGCAACAAAUCGACGUCGACGGAGGCGGGCAGUAAGAAGGAACCGUCUACCCCAACCAAACAACCUCCAGCCGGUGGUGGUGGAGUGCUUCCAGCCGGGCUCUCCUCCGCAACGUCAGCUCCUGCAACACCGGCCGCUACGGGUGCAGCGGCUACCGGACCGGAAGCGAAGCUGCAGUCGCUUAUGGAUAGCGAUGCCAUCAAUCAUCGCGGUGCCCACCACCCGUAUCACCUGGACAAUGGGGGGAAUGGUGGUGGUGGCGGUGGGGAUGGUGCUACUAGUGGAGGAAAUGGUGGGGAGAUACUCGAAACAGGUGCGGCCACUAUCGCAGCAAAGUAAAGAGGAACCACAACGGGCUCAUUUCACUGACGCUGACACACGGAAAUCCUUCCUUAAGGAUGUGCGUGUGUGUGGAGCGGCGGUUGCUCGAUUGCCGUGGCAUGUGAUAUUUUCGGCUGGGCAGGACCCUUCCUCCCUUACCUCUCCCGCGCGCGGUUUUUCCCACGCGCUUUUUUUUUGGGCGCCAUCAUCCCCGGGCGGCUAAUGCAUGGUGGGAAGUCGGGAAAAGUUGACGGUUGACGAUUUUAGUAUUAUGCACAGUCGAUUCGCUAUUUCCGCGCCCUGUACAGGUGUUGCAGGAUGAUUUCGGUAUUAGAGGAUACAGCUUAUUUCCGGUUUGCACGUGUACUGCAUGUGCGUAAAGAGUGUAUGUAAGGAACGGGUUUUGUGCGGUUGAGACGUGUAAAUAGCAAGAGUUGCCGGAGUCCCAAAAAACUCUUCGGGAACAGGAGAAGUAUAGGAAUUAUAGAGAGAAGAGAAAACAUAAAACAGAAUGCAGAAAACAGAGGAUACGUUUUAACAAUUUC